AUGUGGAUUUUCCCGCUUGUAGGGUACUUGGGGGUGAUCGUAGGAUUUGCUUUCCUCACCCUAGCAAUAGCUUCGGGGCUAUAUUACCUGUCAGAGCUCGUGGAGGAACACACCGUCCUUGCCCGUCGGUUACUAUCCCGGCUGAUAUACAGUAUAAUCCUCGUUCAUAUGCUCCUUGUCGUGUUUGAUCGGUUUCCUCUCGGCCUCUCAGCCCUUAGUAUCGGCUCCCACCUUGUAUAUGCCAGCAACCUGCGCCGCUUCCCAGUCGUGAAAUUAUCCGAUCCCCUCUUCAUCUUGUCGUGUGUUCUCGUGGGUUUGAAUCAUUGGCUCUGGUUCCGUCACUUCUCACAGCCAUUGCCCUCGACGCGAAGCCCAACAAGCUGGCGACACCCAUAUCAAGUCACCGUUGAGGAUAUGCCGACUUUCACUGAAGUGGCAUCCUACUUUGGACUAUGUGUUUGGUUAGUCCCUUUUGCGCUUUUCGUCAGUCUAAGUGCUGGGGAAAACGUUUUGCCUAGCAUGGGUUCGGAGUAUGUGACAGGGGAGCACGUUCCUGGCUCUGCAUUCACUAGCGGCGCUUUGUCGUCAGAUAGCAGGUCUAAGAAUAAGGGGAUGGCGAAAGCAUUGGUGGAUGGCUUCCGGAAUUGGGUGAGUGAGAAUGGGGAAUUGAUGGGAUUUUGGAAAGGUGAACGGUCGAAGAGAUUCUAG